AAACAUCAACAAAAUAUAACCAAGAGAAGAAAUUAAAACUUAAUUGUUGGAAAUUAAUUGAAAGAAAUUAAGUGAAAGAAAGUCAACAAUAAAUUCGUAAUGAUUUUGAUGUUAAUUAGGGAAAAAUAUUCCGUUUAAAUGUCUCUACCAUCCUUCCGACCUUAAGACACUCACAUACACUAUCCUUUCCACCUCCCACCUUGUCUUAAAAUCCAAUUUUCUUCUAUUGUUUAGUCCAUCCCUUUUUAGAGGAAAGUCAUGGCUACAAUAGAGAGUGAUGGUGGUCAUUCCUUUUCUUCAAUUGUUUCUAAUUUCUGUGGACCCGAUAAAAAAUGCUACAACAAUGUACCUGCUCUAACUGCCCGUGAAUAUGGUUACCCUUACAAUUUACCAUUGGCUCAAAAUCAAACGGUUGAUUAUCUAAUUAGAUCUCGAUAUCGUCAAGCCACUGGAAUGUACAGUAAAGAUUUAUACGCUCACUAUGGCUGCAUCAAUGCUAUUGAAUUUAGUAACAAUGGACGAUUAAUGGUCUCAGGUGGUGAUGAUCGUCGAGUACUAUUAUGGAACGUGGAAAAGGCUUUAUCCAGUAAAGAUAAUCCGAUUGUGAUGCAAGCCGAACACACGUCAAAUAUUUUCUGUCUUGGCCUUGAUUCCGAUAAUCGUCAUAUCUUUUCAGGUGGAAAUGAUGAACAGGUUAUAAUUCAUGAUGUUGAAACUCGUGAACCUUUGAAAGUAAUUCCCCACCGAGAAGUGGUCUAUUGCCUUUCGAUUGAUCCUCAAAAUGAUAAUCUAUUUGCCACUGCCUGUGAUGAGGGUAGAGUAUUUUUAUUGGAUAUUCGGGAAUCAUGUAAUCUGGAUAAUCUAAACGUUUUAAUUAGAACCCGUUCCGCUUAUCAUGCGGUUAUGCAUAAUCCAGUUGAACCUCGGCUAAUUGUUACAGCCAAUUCUCGUGAAGGUGUUAGCCUUUGGGACAUACGGAAACCUCGAACUGACCUGGUUAAAUAUAAUGGUGGCCUGGUUACCUCUCAAGGAGCAAUGUCGGUACGAUUCAAUUUAUCGGGAACCAAAAUUGUUGCUCUAAGACGGAGAUUACCAGCCAUCCUUUAUAAUACAAUGUCACCUCAUCCAAUCGCUGAAUUUGACCAUAAAGAUUAUUAUAAUUCGUGUACCAUGAAAAGCUGUUGUUUCGGUGGUUCUAACGAUGAAUAUAUACUUUCCGGUUCGGAUGAUUUUCGUUUGUAUAUGUGGAAAAUUCCUGAUGAAAUUAUGGAGAAAGAUUAUUCCUCCGAUGGAAUCAAAUGGAUCGAUCAAACUCACCUUGUUCUUCGAGGUCACCGUUCAAUUGUGAAUCAAGUUCGUUACAAUUAUUCCAAUUCAACCAUUGCCUCUUCGGGUGUUGAAAAAGUAAUCAAAGUUUGGUCUCUUUUCGAUGUCUUCGAUCCAACCGAUAAACAAGAUAUCAAAAAUAUUUCCAAUCAUGACAAUCGAAAGGUUUACUCCCAUGAAGAGUACAUUCAAUUGGUCCUUGAAAGUGGUCAACUUGCCGCCCACGAUUAUAGUAACCAAUCGAUCCAAGAAGAUCCUCGAAUGAUCGCCUUCUUUGACUCUCUUGUUCAACGAGACAUCGAAGGUCUAACCACCGAUUCAAAUUCUGACGAUGAUUCAGAUCUUCCUGCACGUUACAAUUUGGCCUCUCGUUAUAACGCUCGCCUCGAUUCAAUGUCCGACUCAUCCAGUGAUGAAGACAAUGAACUAUUAUACAUUUGUGACGAUCAAAUUGUUAAUUAUAUUAAAUCAUUCAGUGAACGAAUGGAAUCCUCGGUUAACCGACUUUACGGAAGUGUAUCAUCUCCAUCUCAACCUGAUGUGCCAAAUGAUAAUAAUAACCUUGUUGGUGAUAAUUUAAUUAGCAGUAUUAAUACAAGUGACCACAAUAGUAGUGAUAUUUUGUCCGAGCCAAGUACAUCUUUUGCUGGACCUUCCUCAAGUGGUCAAUCUAAUACAAUAAUAUCUCGAGCAUCAACUUCAUCAACAACUUCACAAACCUUUGAAACUAAUGGACGCACCAAUGAGACGAUCGGUGGCGAUAUCGAUACGAAUAAAAUUUCAUUGCUCAUUAAUGAUAAAAAGAAAUAUCAACUUCGAAAAGUGACCCGAUGUGCUCUUCGAUCAACCCGAAUUCGUUUACGUAAAUUAGAAAGGUACCUGGCCCGAGAAGAGGAUAAACCCAGUGGAACGAGUAAUAAACGUGUCACUUUGGAAGAUAAAGAAAAAUUGAAGAAACAAUUGGAAGAUGUUCUUGCAAUUCUCGAAAGAUUAUCUCAGAAAAUUGACACCGAAUGUAAACGAAAUCGUGGCCAUUUCAAUCGGAUGAUGACUCGUCUUCGAACAAUUUGGGGAGGUGUUUCUCCAGAUUCUCCGCUCGGUUUCGAUUCAGACGAUGAUCCACCUUUAAUCGGAGGAAAUGAUCUUCUCAAUGAAGUUCGAAUGGCUCAUCGAUUGGCCAAUUUAGCCGAUCUAUUUAACGUUGCCAAUGGAGAUCCUUAUGCCAAUGGAAGGGUAGAUGAUAGUGAAGAUGAAGAUCGAUCAUUGUACAGUACCGAUUGUGAUACCGAUGAUGGUACAAAAUCAUCAAAGUCCAGCAUCAGUCAAAUUAAAUCUCCGGAUGCGAUAACUUCGAGUUCAGAUGAAAAUGGAUCAAGUAGCUCAUCGUCAUCAUCAUCUUCUUCUUCAUCCUCAUCCUCCUCAUCCUCAUCCACCUCCUCUUCCUCUUCAUCUAGUUCAUCAUCUUAUUCUUAUGCGAGUCAAAUUAAAUCUCCUGAUCCAGAAAAAAGUCAAUUAAAAUCUUGCGAUAAUUCAUCGCCCAGUUCAGAUGAAGAUGAACUUUCCCAUGGUAAAGUUCAAAGGCGUCGACGUAAAGCUGAACGACAACGAGCAAAGGCAAUGAUAGUUAAUACGACAACAAUUAAAAGUAAAGAGUUUAUUAAUACAAGUGAUGAAGAUGAUGAUUCAACAUCUUCAUCAAGUGAAACAAGUAAAAUAAUUAAAUUAUCACGUCCAGUGAUUAGUUAUAACGAUGAUGAUGAGGACGCUGGUUUUGAAGGUGACACCGAAUCGUCAAAGAAAAGGUUAACUUGUAUUUCCUUUAAAUCAUGCCCUAAGGGAUCAAAAGACACUUCCAGUGCUACUAAUUGUCAAUCUGUAACAUCUCAAUCAACAAAUGGUGGCGAUGAUGAUCAACCACAAUCACAACAACAACAACAACAACAACAACCUCAAGAACAAUCAAUGAUGCUACAAGUUGAAUUAGAUGAAAAUAGUUUACAAUUAAAAGAUAAAAUUGUAAAUAACAAUCAAAAUAAUGAAUCAAGUGACCAAAGGGAAAACAUUAAAUCGAUGACCUCAAACACCAACACGAGCACCUUUAAUCCCGUUGACAAUACUGGUAAAUGUUUCCGGAAACGGAAAAACUUGGACUCAGCAAAUGAGUCUCAUAUUUACAAAUCCAUAAAACGGAACAACAAUUAAAACUGAUCAUCGAAAGUGAAAGUUUAAUUAUGAAAAAUUAAUUAACUUUGUAAAAUAUGGUUACUAUAUCUGUAUACAUAAUUAUUAGUACAAUCAUCAUGCAUUUGUACAAAUUAUCAUUUCCUCUCUCUCUCUCUCAUCAUCAUCAUCUUCAUCAUUUCAGCUCAUCAUCAAGCUUAAUAUUUUCCUUUCACUUCCUAAAUUGCUGAUUAUUAACUAAACAAAUCAAAUGGAUCUUAUAAUUACCAAUUGAGUGCUACCAAUGAACCACCAAACACAAUUAUCCAAUCAGUUUCUGGACCUUGAUAUUAUUAAUAACAACACUCUUACAAUUUGAUGGAUUAAAAAAUCAAUAGUUGUCAAUGGAAAAGGAAAUGGACAGAGAAAAAAAGAUCUAAUUAAUAUUUGGAUUUGCAAUGUUUAUCAAAAAAUCGAAUUGUAAUUGAUAAUUUCUAAAUCAAUUCUUUUCUUUUGUAUCAAUAUAAAUAUUAUAUAUAUCGCAGUGAAAUAACAAAGUUAAUUACUGGUCAAAUAAACUAAUUAAAAAGAUUAGAAAUGA